CUACGCUCCACCUUAUGUGAGACUAUUAGUAAACAAGAAGUCAUUAAGAAAAGAGUAAACAAGAGGUGAAGACUCAUCCAUUAUCUUGGGCUUGUGAUACAAGGCUUUCCUGUGAACUGGUUGCUCCACACACGGAACUGGUCCAGCGAAAUCAGAUUUUCCUCUAUUUGGAAACAACGGGGAGAAUCUGUUUUUCAAAUGAACAUCGCCUUCCUCAGAAAACCCCACAUCCUGCCUCUGAGCGUUGAGGUUUCCGUGUUGCCCAAGCUUGGGGGGCUAACGGCGUAUCCUCCCACCUUCCAGGGUUAACUGGAGCUAGGAUGAUGAUGAUGAUGAUGAUGCAGGGAGCAGGCGAUGACAGCCCGUGAGGAAAUCAUCCUGCCCUCUCCGGCAUCAGCUCGGAGAUCAACCCCUUGACAUCAACCUCACGGGGAGGCCUGACUCAGCAGGCACGACUCAUCCUGGGUGUCAACGGCGUGGCUGGUUGCCGGUUUUUGAAAGAUGGCCCGAGGGGGGGACGGGACACAGAGCAACCCUGGGUGGCAUCUUUCCCAACCUUGGGUGGCAGCCCUCCUGCCUAUAAAGGGAGCCGCCUCCGGAUCGGCGGAUGCUCAUCCUGGCGACAGAAAGCUCAACACCAAUGGCGAUAGAAUUUGAGAAAUUUGAGCUGCCCUACUACCGGGCGAUCCCAUUUGGCCUAGACUCGGGGUCUUGGGUCCUGGUGGAAGGCUUCGCUCCACAGCAGAGCCAAGGGAUCCAACUGGACUUGGCGUACGGGCAGUUCCGUGGGGCUAACAUUGCCCUGAGGUUCAAGCUCAGCUUUGAGGGGGACCCGUCGUCUCCUGCCACGGCCUCCCUCAACAGCUUCGUAGAGGGCCUGUGGGGCAUCGAGACGAAGGCGGCAACUGACCUCCGGAGAGGCGAAUGGUUCAAGGUGCAAUUUAUUGUCACCAGCCAAGGAUACAAGAUCCUACAGAACGAUAAAUUUCUGUUUGAGUUUGACCACCGUCUCAGCCCACAGAAGAUCCGGUUCUUGGAAAUGAAAGGAGACAUCAGGCUCAAGGAGGUGACCUUUGUCUCGGAAAAGAGCAGCGAAAGCAGGAACCUCAUGCCACCAAGAUAUAGGGCAGGCCGACAAGCCCGUUAAGGGAGGACGCAGACUGGCGGUCAUCUAGCCUCCCUCAAAAUGGAGGCAGUUUGUGCGCCGCAUGAGAGGAAGCAGAGAGAAAUGCAGCAAUAAGAUUAAGUGAUGCGUUCGGAUCAGUCUCCGAUCCUCCUUUGCAUAGUCUAUUCUUUUCCCGCGGAAUGUGAAUUUUUUUAGGCAAAAAAAAGGGUAGAUGAAGCAGAGAAAAUGUGGAAAAUACAAUUGGGGGGCGGUUGACUGCUGUGGGGAUAAGAAAAUAGGGCACGCAGGGUGACACUAUUUUGAUCUUGUGCACAAUUGUGCAAGAGGAUUCCUGCCAUCAAAGCUUUCUUGCUCAAGUCCCAGCUUCUAUCGUAACAGGCAGGAGUGGCCUCUGCGGAGUGGCCGCCAGCUCUUGCAUCAAAAGCGUCUGUCCCCAUAAUAAAAUUGGCUCGUCUUUGAGAAGACAGGCUUUCGUCUGUGGGAGUUUAUUAAUGCCACAUGUUCAGGAGAGAAACACCCAAACCUCUGGAAUUAGAAGGCAGCAGUUUCUCCAUGGCUGAUUUUAUUUUACAGUACAGGAGUUGUUUGGAUUUUUUUUUUCUUAUCUCCCCCCGGGCCCAAGAACACAAAUAAAUAAAUUUAAAAAUUAAAAGAAAGGGUGGUUCAGGCCGUAUCUUGUUCAACGCACACCUCGGUGCCUUCAAACUCACAGUCCUCGUCUUCCAGAAUAAGGAUCUCUCCCGGUGGAGCCUCAUCCGUUCUCCUCUAUACUCUGGUAACUUCCUUCUCCAGUGGAGAGGAAGGAAGAAAAGGUUCUGAGACUUAAGGGGAACAAAGUGAGGGUUGUGACUUGUUUGUGGGAAACCACAAUUGUUUAAAAAAAAAAGGAAGGGGGUUUCAAUGUGACAGGCCGGUACACAGGAGGGUCGCCUGUGUGGGUUUUUGAGAGCAAAGCGAGCCUAGAAGGCAGGGCGAACACGGCUAAGACUUUG